AAUACUUGAAACUCCUUCACAGUUCUCAUAGAUCGCAUAGAAAACAAAAGCCGAAAUGGAGGUAAUGGAAGAAGGCAACUUAAUGGACCGUGUUCCAGUUCUGUUGCAAAGGGAUCUCCAAUAUUAUCAGGAAUUUCAGAGUGUGCUGCAGGAACGUCUCUGUCCAGGGGUCGUUGGAGGAAAACUGGACUUUCCUUUGUAUGCUUCCUUUGCGGCAAUAAAAAUUGUUCUAUGGUGGGAAGAUGAAUACUUCGCCGCAUACAAAAAGUACUCAGGACUAUUACAUCACAGUCAAACAAGUGAUAAGCAUCCGAAAAAAGAGGUAACUGGUGAAGUCAUUGUCAAGAAUUCUGAUCCCGAGAAGUUCGUAUCAUUGAUUACCAAAUCUGCGGAUCAAUUCCUGGAACAUCUUCAUUGUCUGAGUCAGGAAUCUUUGGAUCACGCCGAUUUAUCGGUACUAACAGCUACAAUUGGAGCAUCUGCUUUGGUGAAAAAUUGCCUCUGGGUCUAUUUACAAUCUGUUACGAAAAAUAUUUGUCCUCCUAAAGGCAAUGAUAAAGGAGGGUCAUUGAAGCUUAGCUAUAAACAAUAUGCGGAAAUGACUGAAGCACUGGCUGAACGAUUAUUAGACCUGCAUUGCCGUUUACUAACGCUUUAUAUAAUGCAGGACGCGGACAGCUUGCAUUGGGAGAAUAUGCAGCCUUUCUUUGAAUCUGAGCGUGGCUCCUACACUAUUCAGAUGUGGUGGUUGUACAUGAAAGGAACCAAGCAAGAUUUAUGGAAUUCGGUUCCUCCCAAGAUGGCUCAACGGGUAUUCUCUGGAAUGUUGAACGAAACGCUUACCGUGCUGACGUCGCGAUAUAUUCAGACUGUUCCAAGCCCAGCACGAUCUCAACUUCUGCUAGCAGACAUAUGCAACAUUCUUCAGUGUGUAUCGGAGCUUCUCCUAUUCGUUACCGAAAAAGCUGAUGAUUAUAUAGGGAUGCAGCAGUUCAACCAGAGCAAAAUUAUCAGAGAUAUCCAUGCAAAAUGUCAUGAGCUGUUCUGUUGCCUUCUGUUACGUGGAGUACCACUUGGUGUACUAUUUAAGCUGCUGCGAAAAGGAACAUCGGCAAUGGACUUGUUUUCCCCUCAGCAGGAAUCGCCUAGCCCAUGGAUUGUAUUUUCCCUGCCUGAACUCUUUACUGCUCAGCAGACAAAUUGCUAUUCGUUGCAGUCGUCCCACUAUUCAGCGAACGCGGCAAUAACUUUGGAGCUGAAAAUUUUACUUUCCGCUCCACAAGCAGAUUGGUCGUUCCUUCUUAAGGUGUUGCUUAUGCGUGGGGCGUCUUUGAGUGUUAUCAUCAUGCAUAAUUUGCUCACAAACCUACCAACACCAGACAACUACAAGCCUCCCUCUGAACAGCCAUUUUCAGAGAAACACUCACAACCUCAAUGUGGAGGAUUUUUAUGCGCUGGAGAAUGUUUCAAUGUUGAUCAGAUGACAAAGUCAGAUAUUGAUCCUGUGGGGCAAAGUAAUUAUCAAGUCGUAUUGGCUCUAACUUACUUGAUUGCUGCAUGUGGGAAAUCUUCGGAUAUGAGUGCUACUUUGAUAUCUGCAUUAGAUAAAAAUCAAACUCCACAUUGGGCUGAUUGUCUCGACAAAAGGCAGGUCUGGAAUCAGAAAAGGCCUCCAUGGCUAGAAGCAAUAUUGCACUUCGUCUAUCCAACACUAGACUGUGUAGUGCAAAUGCUGAUAAAUGCAGCUGAAACUGGAGCCAGCAUGUACCAAGCAAUGUCCUUGGCUAUAACAUGCCUUUCCGAAAUUUGGGAUUGUAUCCCAGAUGGGGUUCAGAAGAUCGCAUUGCUUUUGGAAGAAAUCGUCCCUGUGUCUGUGAAGUUAUUGGGCGAUUCUGUUCUGAUGCAAAUUUUGCUUUCUGCUCUAUAUACGAGGCUACUAACGGCAGCAGAAAAUGAAGCUGAUAAAAAUCUCUCUGAAGAAGAUCCAGCUUCCCGCGCAACUCUCUACUACGCUUUGGCAGAGGCAAUUUGCUCAAUUGACGAGGACAACAAACACACUGACCAAAUUGUUUUGCUAUUGAAACAAAUAAGAGAAAGCAACUGGAAGUAUAGUUUUGCAUCAUCGUGGUUGCAUGACAAUUCCGAUAUGGACGCAAUGGACACCAUCAAAAUCGAUGAUCUGGAGGAUGGACUUCAAGAGACCUCAGUAUUCCACCUUGCCGACGACUUCGAUGUAGAAAGUGCUGAACAUAUACCACAGCUGCUAGCGAGUGAUGUACUGAUCUCCAAUGUAGGGAAACAAUGUUUGAAGAUUUUGUACACAUAUUUGAAGAAGAAUCAAAAUUGGCUGCUACAUCAACUGGGAACCACUAGUGAAUUCCAUGAAGUUGAAUUCUUACCUGGUCAGAAUAUCCCGAAUAACGACGGCAGUUUACUUAGGACAAUGUUCUAUAUUGGCCAUAACUCAUUCGAUCAGUUGCUGACUGGUGGCUGCAAAAUUGACUAUUUAUCAUGGUUACAAACACCAUUGUCGUUGACACCCGAACGUGCGUGGCUUCAAAUAUCCCAACGAAGUGAAUUUCAAGAAGGUUCAAAACUGUCCAUUCAUGAGACAGCUAUGGUGGCUUUUAUAACAAAUAUAAUGAAAAAUAAUUAAUAGGUACACAUGUCGAUAGAAAGAUGUGAAAUAUAGUUCAGCUAUGCAAGUCUAAAUUAUCUACAAAAAUACAUAAAUGUGACACUGUUACAAUCGUUAAGUCGAAGGAAACUGCCACCAAAUACUUUACAGAAAGUAGCAAAAUCAAACUAAUUUCGUAUUCCCCUCCCCCUGAGCACGGAAGGAAUCAUUCCUUGUCACCCCUCUCGACAGACCUGCAUAUAAGUCUUUCAAGGCUUUAUAGUCUGCAGGCCUGACGAGGAGGGGGUGGAAAGAGGGUUUACAAUUAUGCACUACUAAUUUAAACACAAUUUUAUUUAAGUUCUAUCAGAUUAACCAUGAUUUUUUUAAAUUAGACAACAUAUUAUAAUAAAAAAUAUGC